AUGUUGGUACCCCCAAUGCCGCCGCUUACCCUGAUACGGACAGAGGAUACUCCCUCUAGCGUGAACAUCGGCGCAAUGCUUGGAGCGAUAUAUAUCGGGGCGACCAUAGCUGCAGUCUUCUAUGGAAUAACAAUUUUGCAGACGGUCAUUUAUUAUAAGCAAAAUCUUAACGAUCCGUGGCUCUUUCGAUAUGCGAUCGUCCUUCUAUGGAUACUCGAUACGCUUCAUGUUGCCUUGAGUACCCAUGCACUCUAUUUCUACCUUAUCGAAUCCUUUGGAAGAUAUCCGUCCCUGUUCACGAUCAUUUGGAGCUUUCCGUUGCAGCUCUUGGUCAAUAUGUUGAUCAUCUUUGGUGUCCAAGUGUGCGUCACCUUCGGUCUUCUAUCUGAUAAUCAAAAAGACUCAGGUCUCCGUACCACAGAUUAUACGCCGUCAGAAUAUGGAAACGCCGCCACUUUCAUACGGUCCUUCCACGGUUCAUUUUCGGUGUUGACAUUUUACAUUCAGUUCGUCCCUGUCGCAAUUUUGUUGGGUGCAGGACUCUAUGUAAUUUAUGAUACGUACACCCUAUCAAGCUUUGUGGACAUUUCGACCAUCAAGGUAUCCAUUUAUACGGUUUUCUCUACCGUCGCAGGAGCCGAUUUUAUCAUCGCUGGAGUAAUGUGCUUCUACCUGCAUAAGGGCAGGUCCAUGACUAGAUUCUCCAGGCGUGUUCUUGAUCUCGUGUUAUAUGGACUUUUUGAGUCUGAUGGACCAUUUAUAGCACGACCAAGGUAA